AUGAACUCAACAGGCCACCUUCAGGAUGCCCCCAAUGCCACCUCGCUCCAUGUGCCUCACUCACAGGAAGGAAACAGCACCUCUCUCCAGGAGGGUCUUCAGGAUCUCAUCCACACAGCCACCUUGGUGACCUGUACUUUUCUACUGGCGGUCAUCUUCUGCUUGGGUUCCUACGGCAACUUCAUUGUCUUCUUGUCUUUCUUCGAUCCAGCCUUCAGGAAAUUCAGAACCAACUUUGAUUUCAUGAUCCUGAACCUGUCCUUCUGUGACCUCUUCAUUUGUGGAGUGACGGCCCCCAUGUUCACCUUUGUGCUAUUCUUCAGCUCAGCCAGUAGUAUCCCGGAUGCUUUCUGCUUCACUUUCCAUCUCACCAGUUCAGGCUUCAUCAUCAUGUCCCUGAAGACAGUGGCAGUGAUCGCCCUGCACCGGCUCCGGAUGGUGUUGGGGAAGCAGCCCAAUCGCACGGCCUCCUUUCCCUGUACCGUACUCCUCACCCUGCUUCUCUGGGCCACCAGUUUCACCCUUGCCACCUUGGCUACCUUGAAAACCAGCAAGUCCCACCUCUGUCUUCCCAUGUCCAGUCUGAUUGCUGGAAAAGGGAAAGCCAUUUUGUCUCUCUAUGUGGUCGACUUCACCUUCUGUGUUGCUGUGGUCUCUGUCUCUUACAUCAUGAUUGCUCAGACCCUGCGGAAGAACGCUCAAGUCAGAAAGUGCCCCCCUGUAAUCACAGUUGAUGCUUCCAGACCACAGCCCUUCAUGGGGGUCCCUGUGCAGGGAGGUGCAGAUCCCAUCCAGUGUGCCAUGCCGGCUCUGUAUAGGAACCAGAAUUACAACAAACUGCAGCACGUUCAGACCCGUGGAUAUACCAAGAGUCCCAACCAACUGGCCACCCCUGCAGCAAGCCGACUCCAGCUGGUAUCAGCCAUCAACCUCUCCACUGCCAAGGAUUCCAAAGCCGUGGUCACCUGUGUGAUCAUUGUGCUGUCAGUCCUGGUGUGCUGUCUUCCACUGGGGAUUUCCUUGGUUCAGGUGGUUCUCUCCAGCAAUGGGAGCUUCAUUCUUUACCAGUUUGAAUUGUUUGGAUUUACUCUUAUAUUUUUCAAGUCAGGAUUAAACCCUUUUAUAUAUUCUCGGAACAGUGCAGGGCUGAGAAGGAAAGUGCUCUGGUGCCUCCAAUACAUAGGCCUGGGUUUUUUCUGCUGCAAACAAAAGACUCGACUUCGAGCCAUGGGAAAAGGGAACCUCGAAGUCAACAGAAACAAAUCCUCCCAUCAUGAAACAAACUCUGCCUACGUGUUAUCUCCAAAGCCACAGAAGAAAUUUGUGGACCAGGCUUGUGGCCCAAGUCAUUCAAAAGAAAGUGUGGUGAGUCCCAAGAUCUCUGCUGGGCAUCAACACUGUGGUCAGAGCAGCUCAACCCCCAUCAACACUCGGAUUGAACCUUACUACAGCAUCUAUAACAGCAGCCCUUCCCAGGAGGAGAGCAGCCCAUGUAACUUACAGCCAGUAAACUCUUUUGGAUUUGCCAAUUCAUAUAUUGCCAUGCAUUAUCACACCACUAAUGACUUAAUGCAGGAAUAUGACAGCACUUCAGCCAAGCAAAUUCCAGUCCCCUCCGUUUAAAGUCAUGGAGGCUAUAGGAUCUUAUGUAAACAGUUUUUGUUUCUGAUACUAAUGGACUUUAUUCUAACUUUGAGAUCAAUGGCAGAUCAAAACCUAAAAGAUUCAACUGAAAAGUUGGCAGUUAUGGUUUUCUUUCAUCUGAUGUGUCAGUAUCUGUUGAUUUGCUUUGUAGUUUAUUGACAUCUUAAGAUUUGAUGUGAAAGUUUUAGAUUUUUUACCCUGAUCUUUGCCCCAGUCUUUUGUACCGAGCCUUUAAAUAGAUGCCAGGAAUGAAGCUACUGUGUUAAAGUAGAAAGUUAACCGAUUGUCAUGAUUUGAGUCAGUGUUAUGUGUCUUCAAAAUAAGAUAUUGACUGGAUUUUUUUAAAGAAUGUGAAGAUAUGAUUUUUGCUGAGGUGUUAUUUUUAUUAAUUGAAUUGUAAAUUUUGAUUUUUUGAAGUGUUGAAAUCAGGAACACUACACCUUGUUGGUAGCAGGUUGAUUUGAAUAAAUAAUAUAUUGUUAGCUGGGUGCAGUGGCGUGCACCUGUAGUCCUAGCUACUUGGGAGGCUGAGGCAGGAGGAUCACUUGAGCCCGGGAGUAUGAGUCCAGCCUGGGCAACACAGCAAGACCCUGUCUCUCAAGGAAAUGUAUAUAUUCUUUUUUUUUUUUUUUUUGAGACAGAGUUUCACUCUUGUUGCCCAGGCUGGAGUGCAAUGGCAUGACCUCGGCUCACCGCAACCUCCACCUCCUGGGUUCAAGCGAUUCUCCUGUCUCAGCCUCCCGAGUAGCUGGGAUUACAGGUGCAUGCCACCAUGCCCGGCUAAUUUUUGUAUUUUUAGUAGAGACAGGGUUUCUCCGUGUUGGUCAGGCUGGUCUUCAACUCCUGACCUUAGGUGAUCCGCCUGCCUCGGCCUCCCAAAGUGCUGGGAUUAUAGGCAUGAGCCACCGUGCUCAGUCAGAAAUAUAUAUAUUCUUAAGGCAGAAAAGGUGAUAACUCUGUCUUUACCAAAAACACUCACACAGGUAUUAGGUACUUUUCUUUCAUAGGACAGUCAACUAAGAAUAUAGUAUUAUGAUUAUUGCCAUUUCUUAUUAUAGGCAUAUUUUAUGUCAAUUGAGUAGGUUUACAGUUCUUUUGAAAAGAAAUAUUUGGGCCGGGCGCAGUGGCUCACG